AUGAAACUUUUACACUCUCUUCCCCAAGCACUCAUCAACGCCCUUCUCGUCGCAUCAACAGUCCAAGGCCAUGGCAAUCAUCACCACCACGCGAAAAGAGCAGCCAAAGUAGACAACUCCACGAAGGCGGAGGUUCACAAUGAGCUUGUAAACUCACAAAACUACGAGGUUGGACAAAAGCUUGCAGCCGAAUCUAAAAUCAAACCUCUCGCCAAUGUAAACGGCACCAACCAAAAGGCCAAUACAACUACGGCCACCCCUCCAGGUGUUAAAACCAAGAAGAUUACUGGUCUUUUGGAGCGCGUCAUUAGCGACCUCAAGGAGGGGCCACUAGCAGAUGCCGGGAAGACCAAUCUUGGGAAAAGAGCAACAGUCACAGCAAAUACCGUUAAUAGCACUGUCUUGGUGAUUGCAAGAGAUGAUCCACCAACUGCGGCAUACCAAGCAACCUCUGCACUCAAUGGCUAUGGAAUCCCAUAUCAGGUUCUCAUUGUCCCCAAAGGUACUGCACCGGGUGGUACCAGCCUUCCACAGCUCAACAGCUCGACUACUGCUGGUAAUUUCGGUGCUAUCUAUGUUAUAUCCGAAGUCAGUUAUGACUACAAUGGCAACUAUCAGAGUGCAUUGUUGCCGACACAGUGGGAUACCAUGUAUGCAUACCAGUUGAAUUUUGGUGUUCGAAUGGUUCGAAUGGAUGUCUACCCAGGCUCAACAGUUGGCGCAACUGUCGUCAACCCUUCUAGUCCUGGCUGUUGUAAUGAUGAGCAGUUGGUCUCCAUCACCAAUAACACCGGAUUUCCUACAGCUGGAUUGAAACUGUAUGAACAUCUUUUCACAUCUCGCUCAUGGUUCUCAAGCAUACUAACAAUCAUAGCAACGCUGGUAUGAGUACCCUCGGUCUUUACCACUACCCUGCGACGGUUACCGAUCCUACAAUCGCGACUCCUUUUCUGCAAUUUGCCGCGGGUGCUGGAUUCAACUCUCCAAGUACUGGUGGUGUGAUCAAUAACAUCAAUGGAAGGCAACAAGUAUGUAAAUUCCAAUCUUUUGGUCCAGCGAUACUAAUUUGAAACUAGAUGGUAUUCUUUAUCAGUUCAGGAGCAGAAUUCCAAGCUACAUCGGCGUUGCUUAACCAUGCCUGGAUCCACUGGGCUACCAGAGGUCUUUACGCUGGGUAUCGUCGCAUCAAUUUUAACACUCAAAGUAUGCUCUAAACCCCAUAUGUUUGAAAUGGAUUUAACAGAAGGUGUAGUUGACGACAUGUUCCUCCAGACGGAAAUCUACAACGAGACGGCGAUUGCUCUCGGUGUUGACUCUCCUACCAAUUUCCGCGUCAGAACAGCUGAUUUGGUAAACCAUGUGAGUUGGACGCCAAAAAUACAAGCAGCAAUGCCAAAAGGAAGCACCUAUUUCAUCGAAAUCGCUCAUAAUGGGAAUGGAAACAUUGAUGUAAGCAAUCGUUCGGGAACAAUCACAUUUUCAUAUUAGAUCUUUUACUAAUUCCGACAGGUCGGCACCCAACUAGACUACAACCGGGAUGCUGAGAAAUGUGGCAUUGGAGCAAUCUAUCUAGACUAUGGUGAUACCCCCCUGGAAUUCCAAAAGCCUCUUGGUACCGGAACCAAUAGAUGGCCAUCAACCCCAUCCACAUAUCCAUAUUCAGUUGCCUGCACCAACGACGAUACAUUGAAGACAUGGUUCGCAACAGCUGCCAACCGAGAUGUCUUUGCUCACAUGUCCCACACCUUCACCCACGAAAACCAGAAUAACGCAACCUACUUUGAUAUUUUCCGCGAAAUCACCUGGAAUCAGGCUUGGUUGAACCAGACCACUCUCUCCAAGGCCAAGAAAUUCAGCUACCACGGUCUCGUCCCCCCCGCCAUCACAGGUCUUCACAACGGCGAUGCACUCCGAGCAUGGAGCGUCAACGGAAUCACCAGCUGUGUAGGCGAUAACACCCGCUCCGUCCUAGUCAACAAGCAGAACGAGCACUGGCCCUACAUCACCAACGUGGCGGACAACGGGUUCGCAGGCAUGGUAGUCAACCCACGAUGGGCCCUAAGCAUCUACUACAACUGUGACGUCCCCCAAUGCACCACCGACGAAUGGGUCAAAUACUCCAAAGGGUCGGGUGAUUUCUACAGCCUCCUCGACUACGAGAAGCGCACCAACAUCCGUCGUCUCAUGGGCCUCCACCACGACGGCUUCAUGUUCCACCAAGCCAACAUGCGGCAAACCGACGCCCCAAAAACCACCAUCAAUGGCACAACCGACCGCUACUCCCUCCUCCAAGCCUGGGUUGGCACCGUGGUCGCCGAGUACACGCGUCUCGUCAACUGGCCCAUGAUCACGCUCAAGCACGACGACAUGUCGCAGGGCUUCAUCAACCGCAUGACGCGCGACUUGUGCUCCCCUAAGAUGUCGCAUACGGUUUCCGGCGGCAAGAUCACCGCCGUGACGGUGACAGCCAAUAAGAAUUCGUGCUCGCAGCCGGUUCCUGUUACGGUUCCGGGAUCGAUUCAGAAUUCGGGGCUUUAUCGCACGGAGCAGAUUGGGAAUGAUCCGUUGACGGUGUGGGUGCCGCUUUCGGGGAAGGCGGUUACGUUGACGUUGCUUGCUCCUAUUGCUUUGUGA